CCAAAUAAAUAAAUAAAAACUAUGCAAUUCACCUCAACAAUUAAUGAACAAAAAAGAAGAAAGAAACCAUACUCAUAUACUCACAUAAUUCUAUUAUUACAUUUCAUCUUCAAACAUGCAAGGGUUCUUUUUCAUGUUCUUGUUCAUCACUUCACUUUCUAUUCUCAUCACAAUCUCAACCUCUACAGAUACCUUAACCUCAUCACAAAUUCUCACAACAAACCAGACUCUUGAAUCAUCCAAUGAAACAUUCGUUCUUGGUUUCAUCCCCGGAACAAAUUCAAACAUUUAUUUAGCCAUAUGGUACAAAAACAUCGACCCCAGAACAGUUGUUUGGGUCGCAAACAGAGACCACCCUCUUCAAAAUAAUUCAACCAAUGAUGGCUUUCUCAAAAUUGGUGACAAUGGAAACAUAGUACUUCUCAAUUCAUCAUCAAACAACAACCUCGUAUGGUCUUCGAAUCAAACGACAGUUACUAAAAACCAACUUGUUCUUCAGCUUUUGGAUAAUGGAAAUUUAGUUCUUAGAGAAACAAACAUGAAUGAUCCUACAAAAUAUCUAUGGCAAAGCUUCGAUUACCCAACAGAUACUUUGUUACCAUCCAUGAGCAUCGGUUGGAACUUUGACAAAAACACGGAAAAACACUUAACUUCGUGGAAGAUCACAGGUGAAGACCCUUCAACAGGAGAUUAUUCAUACAAAAUUGAUUUUCAUGGUUUACCAGAAAUUUACCUACUGAAUGGUGAAAAGAUUAUAUAUCGAAGUAGACAUUGGAAUGAUGGCAUAUCUGGCAGUUUCGAGUUCUCAUGGAAUGAACACGGCAUAAACUACCAGCUUUUAAACGAAAAUCCAUCAACUUUUUCCCGACUCGUUGUGAGUUCGGAUGGUGUUCUUGAAUAUCUUAUUUAUAGUCAAAGUACUAAAACUUGGACAAUUUAUGGGGAUGAACCGAACAAUCAAUGUGAUCAUUACAAAGCGUGUGGUCCAUAUAGUUUUUGUGACAUUGAUGCUUCUCCUGUUUGUCAAUGUGUGGAAGGUUUCAGUCCUAAGAAUGAUCAAGCUAGGAAAUUGAGAGAUGGGUGUACGAGGAAAACGAAUUUGGAUUGUGAGAGUGAUGAGUUUUAUGAAAUGGAGAAUGUGAAGUUGCCUGAUACAACCUCUGUGUUUGUGAACAACACAAUGGAGAUUAAAGAAUGUGGUAAUUUGUGUCUUAGGAAUUGUUCUUGUACGGCUUAUUCUAAUGUUAAUAUAUCUUAUAAAGGAGGACGUGGUUGUGUUAUGUGGUUUGGUGAACUUGUUGAUAUCAUAAAGUAUCGUGCAGACGGACAAGAACUUUACAUACGCCGUGCUUAUCAAAAACUUGCAGCUGUAGACACAAAUGGGAAAAUAAAUGUUACAGCAAUCACCAUACCUACAGUGAUAGUGGCAACAAUUAUUAUUGCUGCUUGUACCUAUUUUUUAUGGUCAUUGGCUUCUAAACGUUCAGCUGGUUCAGGGCAUACCCCUCAAGAAAACCAAAGUGCAAGUCUAAUUAGAGAUAUUAAACAAGUUAAAAUAGAGGACCUUCCUUUAUUUGAGUUCAAAAACAUUUCCACUGCAACAAAUAACUUUAGUUCAGCUAAUAAGAUUGGACAAGGUGGUUUUGGUUCGGUGUACAAGGGAGAGUUGCCAGAUGGAUUAGAAAUAGCAGUGAAAAGACUUUCAAGAGCUUCAGGACAAGGUCUAGAAGAAUUUAUGAAUGAAGUGAUCGUGAUAUCAAAGCUUCAACAUCGCAAUCUUGUAAGACUUUUAGGCUGCUGCAUUGAAGGAGAAGAAAAGAUGUUGGUUUAUGAGUACAUGCCUAAUAACAGUUUAGAUUUUUAUCUUUUUGACCCAAAAAAAAAGAAGGUUUUAGAUUGGCAAAAACGGUUAUGCAUAAUUGAAGGAAUUUCUCGAGGGCUGCUUUAUCUUCAUAGAGAUUCAAGAUUAAGAAUAAUACACAGAGACCUAAAACCGAGUAAUAUCUUGUUGGAUGGUGAGCUGAAUCCAAAAAUAUCUGACUUUGGCAUGGCUAAAAUCUUUGGAAGUAGCGAAAAUGAGGGAAAUACAAGAAGGAUUAUGGGAACAUAUGGAUACAUGUCGCCAGAAUAUGCAAUGGAAGGAUUGUUUUCAGAGAAAUCAGAUGUUUUUAGCUUUGGCGUUUUGCUCCUCGAGAUAAUAAGCGGCAGGAAAAACACAAGUUUCCAUAAUCACGAGCAAGCACUCAGCCUCUUGGGAUAUGCAUGGAAACUAUGGAAUGAAGAGGAGAUUGUAACUUUGAUAGAUCCAGAAAUAUGUAAUCCAGAUUAUGUAGAUGACAUUUUGAGAUGCAUACAUAUUGGACUUCUUUGUGUUCAAGAGAUUGCAAAGGAGAGGCCUACUAUGGCCACUGUUGUUUUAAUGCUUAGUAGUGAGAUUGUUAAAUUUCCUUGCCCAUGUCAACCAGCAUUCAUUCAAAGACAGAUUGAGCAUAGAGGAGAGUUACCUGAACAGAGUGAAAACUCGAAUUCCACGAACGGUGUCACUAUCACAAGCUUGCAAGGCAGAUAAUUAGCAGACACGGCGAUGCCAUGGUUGAAAUAACUACAUUAUUCACACAAUGACAAUCCUGAACAUCCAGACCCUUAAGCUAGAGUACCCUAAACAACACAGAAAACAAAUCGUCAAUGAAAAUUGCAAUGACAUGUAUGCCAGAACCUGUACUAAAGCAACACUGCAACAGGACUAGCCAAAAAACUAAGAAUAAGUCCCUCCUGUCAUGUAUCUAUCUACCAAAACAGCAUAAUUAACACAUGGCCAUAGAAGUAUUAUUGCUGCUAUUGGAGUACGGUGAAUGAUUGUAAACUGAUAAGUUAUCAUUUUUGGACCAAUAUACUCACAUGUGUCCCCAAUAAAUCAUAAUUUUUUAUUUUA